CAGGAAUGUCAAACUCAUUUAUAGUCUAAUCUAAAUGUCAUUUACUGAUUGAACAUACAAUCCAAAUAUCAGCUGUACUAUUGAAACUGUCUAAUUAAAUAUUUAUAUUCUGAUAUUUUCUUUUAUUAUAUUUGAAGUAAAUGUAGCAGUUUCAUAAUGACGAUUCAUAACUUAUAUAUUUUCGAUCGCUAUGGCACCUUACUUUACUAUGGAGAGUGGAACAGGUCCAAACAAUCUGGAAUGUCUCGGGAGGAGGAAGGAAAACUAAUGUAUGGCAUGCUGUUCUCGAUAAAAUCAUUUGUUGCUAAAAUAUCUCCUCUGGAUCCAAAGGAAGGCUUCAUGAACUACAAAACAUCAAAAUAUACCCUACAUUGUUUAGAGACUCCAUCGGGAAUCAAAUUUGUUAUGAACACUGAUAACCAAGCUCAAGGUGUCAGGGAGCUAUUAAAAAAGAUUUACGGGGACAUUUAUGUUAAAUAUGUUGUAAGAAAUCCAAUGUGUGGAAUUGGAGAACCAAUUACAAGUGAAUUAUUUAAAAAUAAACUUGACUCCUUCAUUAAACAAGCACCAUUGAAUGCAGUUAGGGCUUCUUGAUUUGAAAAAUAAUUUCUAAUGUAAAUAGAUUUAAGAAUGUCAAUAAAAUAAAAAAUUGUAUGUGUUUUGUAUAAGAUUUUUUCUAUUUUAAUAUUUGUUGGUUUUAUUAUAAGCAUUAAUUUAAGUUUGUUCUAAAGUCCAGUUAAUUAAACUGUUAUUUUGUACAAUUAUAAUUCCAUUACAAUAUCAAAAGAAUAUUAAUAAUGUUAAUAUCAAAAAUCUUGAUAAGUUAUUUCAAUAUUUCCA